AUGAUAACAGAUCCGAUCGCAAACACACUCUGCAUGAUCAACAAUGCCAUCAGGAGAAAGCACAAAGAAGUGUCUUUCUAUUCAUCAAAAAUGAUCAUUGCAAUACUGGAGAUCAUGAGAAAAGAGGGUUACAUAAUUGACUACAUCCAAAAGAAAACCCCCAACAACAUAGCCUAUGUAACUGUGUUUCUGAAAUACAAUGGAGAUUCGGCCAUCAGGGGUAUAAAGAGAGUUUCUAAACCCGGACACAGAAUCUACUGUAAAGCUAAAGAUCUGAUGACCAUCAUGAAUGGAAUGGGUACGGCCAUACUAUCAACCAACCAGGGGAUAAUAUGCGAGAAAACUUCCAAGAAGCUAAACAUAGGGGGAGAAGUUCUACACUACAUCUGA